AAGUGCACGCGCGUUUGUUUCUUUCAACCGUGGAAUUCCAUUUGUAAAUAAAAAACUUUUAACUUUUUUGUACCGCGAAGUUAGUGAUAUCGAUUUUUAGUCUAUAAAUUUGUAUAAGCGCGUUAUUUUCUGCGUCUAAGUUGUCGUGCCCCCUUGUUCGAAUAUUCGAAUGUCGUUCGAAUUCUUUUUAGUGAUGUGCAUUAUUGAUUUUGGAGUGAACUAGUUCACACUGAAACGACGUGUGACAACGUGAUAUACCGUUAUAACGUUAUUCAAACUUGACGUUAAUUUGUAUGCACAAAAUUGGAAAAUGAACAGGUGUUCCGCUUGUGCGUUGAAAUUUAUAAGCUUUGAUUACUAACUAGUAUAGUGUAGGUAUUUUAACCGGUUGUUGUGUAACUUUUUAGAGAAAAUUUGUUCGUUAAAAACGUGUUAAUUCUUCGAACUAACUUGUUAGUGAUCGAGUUUUUUUUUUUGUUGUGAUGAAAGUGUGAUGAAUCAGUGUUUAUGGAGAUGCGCUUGCGCGUGCCGAUUCGUUGUUUAGUGUGUAGUGUAAAGUGCUAGGCAAUGAGUGUUCCUAAUCUGAGCCCGGACCAAAUUACAGAAAUCGAAGCAGCAGAGGCCUGCAAAUGGCUCCGGGCAGCUGGCUUCCCUCAAUAUGCGCAGAUGUACGAAGACUUGCAGUUCCCAAUCGACGUGUCUGGGGUCCAAAACGACCAUCCGUUCCUCGACGCAGACUCGCUGCAGUCGCUCUUCAGACGCCUCACAGCACUGAACCGUUGCGCGAACAUGAAGUUGGAGCACCACCAUCAUCAAAAGAGAUCCAACGACUCCGACGACGAGCAAUGCGCUUUAAGUGACAAAUGGCAGUACGAGAGGAAAUCAAGAAGAUGGUCGCGAGUCGUCGAGAUAACUCCACAGGCUCAAAGAAGACUACAAGUGAUAGCAGCUCGUGCAUUAGCGGAGAGGGAAGCUCGUGAGGCGCGGGGGGAGGUGGAAGAUGAUGAAGACGAGACCCUCCCCACCAUAAGAGUGGGGCUGGUGGAUGCUGAUGGCCACUAUACGGAUGUUGAGCCUGAUAUAUUAACAGUACCAGGUCAACAAACUCACAUUCAGUUACCAAGUGAUAAAGAAGAUGAAGAGGAAACGGGUACAAGGUUUCGAAGGACUGGCUCUGAAAGACUACGUGACGGAGCGAAAGCUUUAUUGCGAAGAGUUGAAUCUCUUAAAACGAGAAGAAGGAAACGGCAGAACAGAACAGAAGUCAUAGUAUCGUCACCACACUUUCUAGAUGUUCAACAGGAUAAAUAUCCUGACUUGAACUAUAUUGAUAUGACUCCAACUUCACCUACAGCCUUUCCUUUUCCAGAUUUUCAUAGCUCUCCUCUUCAUACUCCAGCUAUCCGAACCCAACCUCCUUCUCCUAUGACAAUCAUGCCACCUUCACCUAUAGCACCUUUAGAACAAGCAUUUCCAAUACUACACCCGCCUUUUGGAGAUGAUAGUUCUAGUUAUGCUUCUGACAACAGUAUGGGAUCAAGCAAUAAAAGUUCUAAGUCAAAAUUGGGUAGAGCAAAAAGGAUUUUUCAUCGAGGUCUGAAAAGUGACGAUUCAAGUGCACUUAGCGAUUCUGAGUGCCAGCCAGCUAGUUGGAGACAUAAUUAUUAUAAAGAACAUAAUACACAUCAUAAUACUGAGGUGUAUGUUGAACCACCAGCAUCACAGUUAGAACUCAAACCAGAUCCUGAAGUUCUGCGUGAAGUGCAAAAGUCUCCGGCUCAUACCCCCCACAGACGGCAAGCUAUAAGAACCAGCUCUUUGAAUCUAGGAAAGGAGGGACAGAAAUUUCGGGACAGAAGCCUUAAAAGAGAUAAAUCGGCAUCACGAAGCUCAGAACUCGAUAGUAGUCCAAACUCCGCUGGGUCUAGAUCACAUGAUGGAGAUCAUGAUGAUGACGAUGACAGCCUUGAUAUCAAGACUAAGAAAAACAACAUUCAAAGAUGGUACUCUUUUAGAACAAAUGCUCUAAAUGGUGGUCCAAAAGCAAACAACACGUUACAGCCUGCACCAAAUCAGAAGAAUCCGGACACCUACCUUUCCCGUCCGAUGUCCUCAUUAUCAUGUGGUCAACUUCAUAUCCUGCGAAAAUUGGCGCUUCUAAGACUUACAGCAUGUAUGGAACGUUAUUGUCCUUCACAUAAAUCAGGAUGGAAUUGGGAACUACCAAAACUUAUAAGGAAGAUAAAAACUCCAGAUUAUAAAGAUAAAACUGUUUUUGGCGUUCCCUUAACUGUAUCACUACAAAGGACUGGUCAUUCCUUACCAAAACCUAUACAGUAUGCUCUGAAUUGGCUAAAAAAUAAUGCAUUAGAUCAGAUGGGUAUAUUUAGAAAAGCAGGUGUGAAAUCAAGGAUUGCAAAACUCCGGACGAUGGUCGAAUCUGCCGGUGCUACAAAUGCGGCUUUUGCUAUAGAAAACAUGAACACCAUAGAUCCAAAUCAGUCUAGUCUAAGCUUCGAUGGUUCGCAAGCGCACGACGUUGCGGACAUGGUGAAACAGUAUUUUAGAGAGCUGCCAGAUUCAUUGCUGACGAAUAAAUUGACUGAAACAUUCAUUGCGAUUUUUCAACAUGUACCUGAACCACUGAGGCCAGAUGCGGUGCAAUGUGCUCUGCUUCUAUUACCAGAAGAACAUUUAGAAGCACUGCAAUCUCUUCUUAUAUUUCUGGCUGAGGUCGGUGAACAUUCGGCUGUAAAUCAGAUGACUGCCUCAAAUUUAGCAGUUUGCUUUGCACCAACACUUUUAAGGCUUCACCACGCGCCUCCUCACACUGGCAGUACUAAAGAAGGCAACUCAAAUAGAACAAUAAUAGAAAGCAUAGCAGACCAGCGCCAAAUCAGUGAAUCGCGAGCAGCACACGCGUGUUUACUGCUGCUCAUACAACAGCAUCGACAACUGUUUCUAGCGCCUGCUGAUAUGCUGGCAAGAUGCAAAUUCAACUACUUUGAGGAGAGCGUGCCGGUAUCCCUUGAAGAGUUGGGUGCGGAUUUCAACCAAGACUGGAAAGGCUUCCAGCAAGCCUGUAUCAAAGCAUUGCUAAAAGAAGCCAAAGAAAAAACACGAGGUUGGAUGUCAGUGUCAGGAGCUGCUCCUCACGUGGAACUGUGCUGCAAGAAAGUAGGGGAUGGCCAUCCGUUGAGACUCUGGCGUGCCACAACUGAUGUUGAAGCGCCGCCGCAGGAGGUUAUGCAAAGGAUACUCCGCGAGCGGCAUAUAUGGGACGAUUCCCUGGUGAAGUGGCGUGUGGCCGAGAAGUUGGGGCCCAAUGCUGAAGUGUUCCAGUACAUCACGGCUUCUAGCUUCAAUUUGGCACCGAGGGAUUAUUGCAUUUUACGGUCGUGGCAGCAAGGCGGUGGUGGAGGGGGUUGGUGUGCAGUUGCAGAAACGUCAGUAGCUCACGGAGCUCCACCAACUGAGGGUGGCCGAGGAGUAGUUCUCGCGUCUCGAUACCUAGCUCAACCAGCUGGGAAAGGUCGCAGUCGACUCGUGCAUUUAGCUAGAGUUGAUACUAUGGGUCGAACUCCCGAAUGGUACAACAAAUGCUACGGCCACAUCUGUGCUUUGUACUUAGCAAGAAUCCGUGCCUCCUUCAAACACAAUACAGAAGGACCCGAGUCGAAUGUAUGAUCCAAACAUUCCGCUUAGGCCCACUCCAUAUUGGACUGGACUUAAGCCUGAAAGGACUUUGUGAAUACCUAAAUAAUGCCUUACUUAAGGCGUUUUAUUCAAUUGUGGAUAUUGUCUGUCUGUGUUAUUGUAACUGAAUGUCCAAUUGUGAUUUAUUGAUGCGCAUUUAUUAGCACGCGCCGUUCAGCACGAACUUUUAGCGUGAUUUGAAUCUCCUGUACAAAACUGAAAUGAGAUCAUUUCCUAGCUACUUGGUGCAUACUGAUAAUGACAUUGAAAUUUAUAAGUUGCAUUACGGCUGUUGUGAAGUGAAAGCGAAGUCGAAUUUUGUGUUGCUUUUAGGUACUGCGCGUGCUUUGAUGUGCGUUCAGGGCCCUGAUUUCAUGUCAAAUAAAUCGUAAUUAUUCGUGAAUAAUUUUGUCACGCUAUUUACGCGCGAUUUUACUGACAAGGGCUCUGAUUAAAAACUCUGAUAUUAACGUGAUGCAAUAUGUAAAUGUUAAGCAUAAUCUUUUUGAUCAAAUAAUAAAUAUUUAUUAGUAUAUAGAAGUUUUACCUACCUCCGACAUUCGUGUUAUAUUCUAAACCUUAUAAGAAUUGUAUUACAUGGGUAAACUACCAAUACCAACAGCUCAACUAGGCAGGUAUUUAUAACAAAUACAGGUCUGUUAAUAAGUUUGUAAGGAAUGGUUUAUUACAUUAUUAUGUGAGAAAAAAAUUACUUGCAUUUUACUUUGUAAGCUAUUGCUUACCACAGACUAAAUAAACCUACUGGAAAGAAUGUGUAUUUCCAGAAAUUGAAAUAGUCUAUGGUCCUUAAACAUGUAAUACAACUCUUUUGCCCACAAGGGACCUACCAAAAAGCCUGACUGCAUUAUGCAUAUUAUAUUUUAGUUCUUUUUAGGUUAGAUAAAAUAUAUUUUCUACAAAAUUCGUGAUUACAAAUUCCCCCCAUGGUGCAUUAUUAUGUAAAUAUAUAUAAUAUUAUUAAAAUUU